AAUGUCUGUGAGCAGCAGGUCCUAGACGAAAGAAGUCAUUGGGGGUUUUACCGUUGGCAAGGAUUUGGGAACACAAGGAAAGAUGUCCAAUGAACUCGACAACAGGAGCUGCAUCUCACCCUGAGAGUGUGUUGUCGCUGCCUAUUCUUCCUUGAGAAGAUAGGAUUGGGAGCGGGUGAGCAGUCCUGCCCAGACAGGACCGUCUGCCUAUCGCCAAGCCAACCCGAUGAAAUCUGAGUCAUGCCUAUUGCUCGCCUUGGAGAUGGCAGUGGCACUGAUGGGGAGGGAAGGCUGCGUGAGAAACGCUAAAGACAACAGAACUCACAGAGCACCUGUUUUAGAUCUGUGCGUCUGAUGAAGAAUGACACCAUGAACUUCCAGAAGUUCUCCUACACUAAUGAAGAUGAAGCCUGGAAAACCUACCUGGAGAACCCCCUGACUGCAGCAACUAAGGCAAUGAUGAGGGUGAAUGGAGAUGAUGAUAGUGUGGCUGCCCUGAGCCUCCUCUAUGACUACUAUAUGGUCCCAAAGGAGAAGAGGAUUCUUCCAUCGGGUAUGAUGGGACGUAAUGAACUAGGAAAGAGGCAGUGCCACGGAAUGGAGUAUGACUCAGAUAUCAUGUCCUUUGACGGCUCAGCCCAUCUCAUGAAGCUCUUGUCUGAAAACACUUCCAUGACCCAAGAAUAUUGUGAACCACAGAAGAAGAAUGGUUUAAGUCUUGAAGGUAUCCCUACACCUCACAAGCCAGCCAUGCUUCCACCAGGAACCAACAAACUGGAUGCCACCCCAAAUACCUACAUGCUCCCUCCAGGAGACUUGUACGACAAUAGCUCACUGAACUCCCUCUUCGAGACCAACUCCGUGACCACACCACAGCAGAGGUGGCAGCCAGACAGCACUUUCAAAGAGGAUCCUCAGGAGUCACUACUCUUCAGUGAUAUCCUCAAGCCCCAGCCAGAGCCACCCUGCUCUGAGAGUUAUUCUACAGGUGAUGUUAAGAGUGACUUUGAAUAUACUCUGGGGUCGCCCAAAGCCAUUCAUAUAAAAUCUGGGGACUCUCCCAUGGCCUACCUCAACAAAGGACAGUUCUACCCCAUCACGCUGCGGACAGCUGGAGACAGCAAAUGUUUACACUUGUCCUCAAAUAAAGUGAAGAGUGUUGUGAUGAUUGUUUUUGACAACGAGAAGAUCCCGACAGAGCAGCUCAAGUUCUGGAAGCACUGGCAUUCUCGCCAGCCCACAGCCAAGCAGAGAGUCAUUGACGUUGCUGACUGUAAGGAGAACUUCAACACAGUUCAGAACAUUGAGGAAUUGGCCUACAACGCGCUGUCCUUUGUGUGGAAUAUCCAUGAAGAAGCAAAGGUGUUUAUUGGGGUGAAUUGUCUGAGCACCGACUUCUCCUCUCAGAAAGGAGUGAAAGGUGUCCCGCUGAACCUCCAGAUUGACACUUAUGACUAUGGCAAUGGGACCAACCAGCUGGUGCACCGCGCUGUCUGCCAGAUCAAGAUAUUCUGUGAUAAGGGAGCAGAGAGGAAAAUGAGGGAUGAUGAACGGAAACAGUUCAGAAGGAAAGGAAAAUGCCUGGACUCCAAUAACAAUGGUCUGAAAGGCUGUGUGCUGUCUGGCUUCAGAGGGAAUGAGAUCACGUUCCUGAGGCCAGAGACUGACCUCGAAACCCAGCCAGUCCUGUUCAUCCCCAACCUCCAUUUUUCAAACCAGCAGAGAUGUGGCACGGCUCUUACUCCUGCUGUUCCCAAUUCUGCAAACAGGCUGCCCCUAAAGCGGAGCGGGGCCUCAUUCACAGAUGAAUUUGACCCAGUGCCUCCAAAGCAAACCAAGGAAGAAGAUCCUCAGAGAGUGCUGUUGUAUGUGAGGAGGGAAUCAGAGGAGGUGUUUGAUGCUCUCAUGUUGAAGACACCGGAUCUCCAGGGCCUCAGAAUGGCUAUUUCAGAAAAAUAUGGACUGCCUGAAGAAAGCAUUUAUAAAGUCUACAAAAAAUGCAAAAGAGGGAUCCUGGUCAACAUGGACAACAACAUCAUCCAGCACUACAGCAACCACAUGGCCUUUCUCCUUGACAUGGUAGAAGCGGAGGACAAGAUCCAGGUCAUCCUCAAGGAGCUAUAAGGAGCUACAGUCAGCACUUACUGGGACUUCUCUACCAACCAGCACAUUUGACCCAACAGAGCUCAGCCGAGUAUCCCACCUCAUUGCCUCUACUUGAAAACUGCCAGCGGGGUGGGACCUUGCACUGCUGGGCCAGAGCCAGCUGGAAGAUCUGUUACUGAAGUGAACGUAGAACUUCUCUCUGUUGAAUUCAUUAUUUUAUUUUGUUCCCUUCUGGAGACAGGCCUGACCUUCUGUUCAAGCUGGGAAGGCGCAGCUGCACUAACGUGGCUGAUGGCUCUGGGCAGCAGUGAGGACAGCCUCUGUUUGCCACCUGCCUCUGCCCAUGGCCGAUCCAGCUGUGGGCUCUGGCUUUCUCCAGCCCAUCAGUUCCACAAAAGCCUCCAACCAUUUCCAGUAAGGCUAAGCCUGGCUCUGAGCUUCUCUGUCUGCAGAGACUUUCGGAGAUAUGUUUAAAACUCAGUUAAAUGGACAUUGCCUACUUCCAUGCCCUCCACCAUCAUCUCUCUGUAAAUACCACCAAGGCCUCCGUAGCCUCCCGUUUAUACAUUUCUAAUGUAUCAUUCUUUUAUAUUUUAUAUGUGUAUGAAUAUGUAUUGUUUUAUAUUUGACUCAGUGCAGUGACACAGAGCAUUUCAAACACAGGCUGCUUCACAUUUCUCCGUGAACCUCUUUUGUAACUGUGUUGUUGGUUUUGUUGUUUUGGAUAUUCCAUAGUAAUAAAGGUUCAGAGACAGAACACAAA